AUGACACGUUGCAGUCGCCACGAAAGGGUUGUAAUACAUCCAGCUUCGAGCAUGGAAUUCGUUCAAGUGCUCACCCCGCGCUCCCAUGGUGACGUCGUGUUACGACCCGCCUCCACUGCAUGCAUUGAAAUUCGAUGGUUGAACCAAGAGAUAGCAGAGAUUGCCACCGCCGGGGCCUCGGGGAAGCGUAAGCGUCGCUUGGUAGCCCUGCCCCACCAGAAGCCCCUCGAACGCGUCGCUGACGGCAGGGACGGAGCUGUCUUCGUCAUCGGAAGGCUUGUAAAUAGCCCUUUUAAGGACUUGUCACCUAGGGCACAAUCAGGUUUCGUCUCAAGUCGUUCGAAUCGCCUGUGGCAGUCCAUCCCCAUUACUCAUUCGCCAAAACAAUCCACAAUUCCUUUCUUGGAUGCAGUAAUCCUUCUAUCAGAUCUGAUAACUGCUACCUGCAUUUCCGAAGCCGGCCAGCCACAAUGUAACAGAUUCUAUUUGCGCGAAGCAUGGCUCAUUACUACCAUUCGAUUAUUGGUCCAAACACUGAUUGGAGGGGACGAUGCCGAGACCUUGUUGAUGAAUGGCUGUAUGCGUCCCCCAAAUCAGAAUCAGACCAAUAGCUUACUGUCUAUUUGGCUAUUUCUGAAUUCUUACAUCAGCGCGGGAGGUUUAAAUUCAUUCUUUUGGCCUGCUGGUGGUUGUUGUGGUAAGGCUGAAUACUUUAAAUCCCCACGUCUCGUUCUUUUGCUGCACUCAGAACGUAGAUUGAGCAGGGCCUCGAUGAAGCAGUCCCUUAUCAGUCGUCAACAUGGAUGUCUCAAAUACCCGGAUUGGUUUCUUCUACACGGCUUGUCUCCACAUUUCCAGGUUUCCCGGUAUAUUAUCUUGAAGAACUCUUUCCCAUCAUUAAUCCCUGACUGCACGAGGGACGCUGACAUACCCUGCGCAACAGCUUUGGGUGAUGCCGAUCUGCUCUUCUUCGAUUUCCUAGAGGAACGAAAACUCUUGGUGUACGCACCUCGGAAUGACAAUUUCCAGAAAUUUGUAUCCUCCCCGAUCAAGAACGCGAAGGGCCGUCGGCGGCGCGCCAAUGAAACCGCAUCGAACCCCGGAAUACUGGAGAAUGAGGAGCCUUUUGAGUGUAUCGUUCUGGGAUGGCUGUGUUGUAACCAUCCUUCAUCUUCGAUGUUUGAAAAACAGUUUUGUUUGACGAAUGAUGGCGCAUGGUGCCUAUCGUCACGGCGUUUGACAACCCGAACCUCCGAUGAUGCUGUAGCCUUGGCCGCCAGUACCGGUUUUGUGAAGUUGGUUAACAAAUCGCAGGCUCUGACCUCAUCUCGUAUCGAGUUACGAAAAUCUCUCCGAUCGCAAAGUUUUGGGCAGACAAUUAUUUUGCAUGGCGGCAUUUCUGCAAGCAAUUUACCGAUACACCACGAGUACACAGCCGGCCGUGGCUUUGAGCUGGCCCUGGGCUGCCUGCAUAAGCAGGAUGCUGACCUUUCAGCGGACCUAUCCGUAGAUCUUCAAUCAAUGAUCUAA